AUGAGCGACACUGAGCAAGAGCAAGAACAAGUCAAGGCACAAAUUCUGAAGCAGGUGGAGUUUUACUUCUCCGACUCGAAUCUGUUGAGUGACAACUACCUCUGGAAGACGUCGCAGGCCAACGAGGGCUGGGUUCCAAUUGCCAACAUCUCGCAGUUCAACCGUAUGAAGCGUUACAGACCCAUUGAGCUGAUUGCAGAAGCCCUCAGGGGAUCAAAGGACCUUUUGGAGGUGUCUGAGGAUGGUGAGCUGGUGAGAAGAAAAUCGGCUCUUCCUCCAUCUCCAAGAGAUGUUGAGCUCAAAAUCAACGAGCGCAGUGUUUUUGUCGAGAAGUUGCCCAAGGAUGCUACUCUGGAGGUGUUGGAGGAGUUUUUCUCCAAAUAUGGCAAAGUUAACCAGAUCAGAAUGAAGAGAUCGAAGCAGAAGGGCUUUGAGGGAAGUGCCACUGUCGAGUUCAACUUGCUCGAGGACGCCAAGAAGUUCCUUGAGCUCGACCCUAAGCCUCUUUUUGAGGAGAAAGAACUGGCUGUCAUUUCCAAGGUUGCCUACGACGAGGCUCGUCAGGCAAAGUUUGGAGAGAGAAGAGGCUCGAACUCCAACGGAAAGAAACCAUUCCGUGGUCGUGGUGACAAGCGUGGCAACUCCAAGCGCACCAGAAGUCCGGUUCCAGAGACUAAGGAGACCGAAGAAGCCAAGGCUGAGUCUACCACAAAGCCAGCUCCAGAAGCUGAAAAGAAGGCCGAAGAGACCCCAGUCGAGGCCCCUGCCGCAGAGCACACAGAAACUGAGAAGUCGGAGGAAUCCGAGGCCAAACGUCAAAAGACGGAAUAA